GAAGCAUGUGCAGUAUUAUUUGGGUGAUUGUCUUCGAGGAAUGUUCACCUCAUUAGAUGUGUAUUGUUUACAGAGCUACACAUCGGGAGAUUUAUUAAGUGUAAUGGAAUACAGUAAAAAAAAAAACAUUACCGCCAGGGGUAUUGCAUGAACAUUAUAAUAUUAAUAUACAAUCCGGAUAAUGGUUUUGCCACAUUCCAGUCAGAUUUCAGUGGGUGCUUGUAGUGGUUUUUACGUCAUAGAUAUUUGUGUAAACAAGCGAAAUGAGUAACCAGCAGCGAGCCUCACAGCUCCUGCGAGAGGCUGCAGCUCUUCUACAUGAACAACAAGCAUUCACAGCUCCUGGUCAGAAUACAGAGACUGUGACAGCUGGGACAGAGUACAUCAGACCGACUGUACACAUGCACACAAGUCAGCUACGGGUGGCAACAAGAUCUCUGUUUGCGCCUUAUUCUAACAGAGGUCAUCAUCGCAGAAGAACAAGUACAACAGCAGCACCACCCGUCUCGUUUUGGUCUCACAGAUUUUGUGCCUUAAGUAGUUGCACACAAGACAUCACACCAUAUCGUGAAGAGAAGUAUAGACUCUUCCAGGCUGGUCUGGGGGAAAAAAUAAUUCAUUUGUUAAAUCUUCAGACCAAGCACAAUUUCUCGACAAGCUGGUGGAAACCUACCCAAAACUGAAGGACAUAGGAGGAUUGGAGCUACUUAGGACUUCAUUAACAUCAAGAAAUAAGCUUGACAUCAUUCCAUUACCACCAGGCGGUUAUAACGCGGCCUAUCUAUUAAUGGUUUGUUUGGCCAAGCCCUGUGCUUCAUCAGGCCAAUCCAGAGGGACAUAUCAGUGGAGGAUGCCACCAUAGAUGAAAGGAUUUGUGAAGGAGGCAGGGAGAUAUGUCAAAAUGUGGCGAGAGCAUUCCCUUAACCAAUCUGAGAGACCACAUCACAGUGUGCGGUGAUGGCGAAAGAAAGGAGCCUUCUACUGGAACCAGAAGGACAACUCAGCUCCCAGUGUGCCAGUUUGCCUGUUUACCAGUCCACACCGACUGUGAAUUACCUGACAUCAUGACAGAUACCUAGAACAACAGGACAGUGUCCCCUCUGUCAGAUGACAUUGCCUCUUGAUGUGCUAGAGGAUCAUGCUGCAGAAUGUGGAGAGAUGAGUUCAGGAGGUCCAAAAUCCUUUCCCACCAUUAUGGAGGAGAAAUUGUCUGAACUUAAAGGAAAGAAGGAAGAAUUUACCAUCCGCGUAGUUAGAAGACUCUUCCAUGCCACUGCUUUAGACCAGCUUGGUGAAGCCAGACAAGAGGACUGGUCAAACACUGUAAAAAAUUCAGUUUAUAGGAGAAGAGGGAGUGGAUGCUGGAGGAUUGAUUUUUGAAUUUUUUUCGCUGUUCUUCGAAAAAACUAACAUUUUCAAUAACCGUGGCACAUUUACCGUUGAUGCUAAAAUGCUAGAAGAAAAGACAUAUACCAUCAUGGGGAAACUUAUGCAAUGGUUGCCAUUUAUUGGCAUCCAGGACCGAAGGCCUUAAGUGCACAUCUUGUCACAUUUAUACUAAGAGGCCAAGAACCCACCAUUGAAGAGAUUUCAGACAACUGCUUUGGUGAGGAUGUCAGGAAUGCAAUAAGAGAGAUUUCUGAAUGUUCUCUUGAUACUACAUUCGGCAACAAUGUGGCAUCACUUCAAGAAGCUGGUUUCAGGAAUGUACUGAUGGACGAAAACAAAGCUAUGGCCAUAUCUGCACUUAAACUGCACAAUGGCUUUUACAAAUUCCUAGGACCAUUUAUGCAGUUUAUGGAAGACCUCAAACUUCAUGGAGUACUUGAGGCUUUAAAGGCCAGCAGUUCUGAUGCUGAAGCCAUCUUGGGGAUAAGCAGCAGCCACACAUCAGCUGAUACUGUCGUUGAUCUAUUCAGCCCAUCCUACUCGGCAGACAAGAAGAAAAAAGAGAAUGAGGAAAUGAUUAUCUACAACUUCAGCAACUUCCUCAAAAAAGUUGAGCGUGGACAGAUUGAAACACCAUGGCUGAAUUUGGACGAGCCAUACAGCACAAAAAACGUUACCAUCAACAUGGGCCACGUGUUGCAAGCGCUAUUUGGGUGCCCAAGACCACCUAGAAAUAUAACAGCAGGGACAGGUCUAAUUGAAUUUAACCAUAAAGACAAUAGACUGUCACAUGUGAAAACUUGUGCGCCAUCUCUUUGCUUUGCAGCCACUAGGUCCUUGAACAAUUAUAAUGAACUUGAAAAACACAUGAUGCACAUUAUUAGAGACAGUGACGGAUUUGCACUUACUUGAGGUGCUUCUGUAUGCAGUGUGUUUUUUUUUACAUUUUAUUAGCUCGUCUGAUUUUUGAAAAAAAUUAAGAGCUAUUGUCCUUGAUUGUCAUCGUCGGAGGCGUUGGUUAAGUUUUGCGUUUAGGUCACUUACAUGCAAUAUAUCAAAGCUAUCACUUUGAAACUUGGGGAACUUGUUUAUCUUAUACAUUUCUUCACAUUGUACCCUAAAGAUGAGUCUCAUCUAUUUUUUGCGGGGAAAAACAUGAAUUUGAAUGGAUUUUGGUUGAUUUUGAGAAUUGGACAUAGUUUCCUCAUUUAUUGUAGGAUUGAUUUCUAUUUUUUUCACAGACAAUAAAUGGAUAAUGCUAUUCAAUAUAUCAUACAGAUUUUUGAGUUAAACAUUUGGAAGGGUAUGUAGGGGAGGGUGGGGGAUAUGUUAGUAUUUUUGGAUUUUAGCUAGUCUGAUUUUUAGCUCACCUUAGCGGUAGGCUGAGGGUGAGCUAUUUGGAUCGCUGAAUGUCCGUCGUCCAUCCGCACUUAGUUUGAUAACACUCUAGUGGUCACAUUUUUGCCUCAAUUGUCACGAAACUUGGUCAGGAUGUUUGUCCCAGUAAUUACUCCGACGAGAUCGAAUAUGGGUCAUCUGGGAUGAAAAACUAGGUCACAUGACCCAAAAAAGAAAAAUCUUGUUAACACUCUAGAGGCUACGUUUUCAGCCUAAAUAUCCUGGAAAUAUGUCAGAAAGGUUGUUUUGGUAUUUUUUAAGUCAAGUUCGAAUAUGGGUCAUCAAGGGUCAAAAACACAGAGCCCAAAUAUGGAAAAACCUUGUGAACACUCAAAUCCAGACCCUUGUGUUGAAUUUAUCCCUGCCCAACAGUUUAGACCGUUUUACAGGUGAGCGAUCUAGGGCCAUCAUGGCCCUCUUGUUUAAGUUUUGUGCUUGAGUCACCUACAUGUAAACUAUGAAAGCUAUCAAUUUCAAACUUCAAAUACCUGUUCACUAUUAAAUGUAUGUUUAAGGAUAAAAUCAGACGAGCAUUCAGCACCCGCAGGCGGUGCUCUUGUUUAUAAUACAUCAAUGAGAUAAUACAUUUACAAUGUAUAGUGAAUAAUUACAUAUUGAAUGCCUGUAUACCGGUAUAAUAUUUAGUAUUCCGAUAGGUGUACUCAAAAUUCAGCCCACUGAAUGAAAAAUGUAGUUGAAAUUAGUAAAAAUAAAAAAAAAGCUGUUUUUGUCUGUUCAGGAAAGCA